CCACCAUUGAGACGCCGUUCCAGUCGUGCAGGCCCAAGUCCUUGCAGCGUCGCAUACAAACCGAGAAAACAAUGAGCGCCCCAGGCCCGCCUGCAAACCAUGCGGAAGCGGUCAAUCGCAACCCGCAACUGGCGCCCGCACCCGCGCCGGCGCAACCCAACCUCUCCACCACCUCGACACUCCCGCCCUCCACGCAGACCUCCCUCUCCCCAGCGCCUUCGAGCUGGUCCUCGCAAUCGCCGAUGAUUUCUCAUGGACCGACUUCCGCUUCGUUUCCCCAGUACUCUGCGACUACCGCUGAGAUCCUGCAUCGCAUACGGUCGGGCGUGUCGGGGAGUGCGGUGGGGACACCAGCAUUCGAGGCGAAGAAGGCGGAGAUCAUGCAGAAUUAUUUGACGAGCGAUAAACUUCCGACGCCUACUCCAAUUGCAAAUCCCGCGCGGAGGGGAAGAGGUGGUAGAACGUCCACCCCAAGUCAGUCAAAGACGGAAACGGGAGCUUCACCUGCGCCUGGUGGGACCCCCGCGGCGACACGGGGAUCGGGAAGGGGGCGCGGAAGGGGUCGUUCCCGGGGCGGUGGAAGAGGUGGGAAGCGCAAGCGGUCAGAGACGUCUGAUAGCGAUGACGACUCUGAUAUUUCAUCUUCAUACACACCACUUCCAACGCGGACAAAAUCUGGUCGCAGCGUGAAUAAGCCCGUGUCCUUCGUACCCACGUUACCCGAACCAUCACAAGGAGUGAAGCGGCGGAAAUCCGCCAAAGCCAUCCUCGCGGCCCAGUGCACAGUAUGCCACCGGGGCAGUGACCCAAGCAACAACAGGAUAGUAUUCUGUGACUCUUGCAGUAACCCCUACCACCAAUACUGUCACGAUCCGCCAAUUGACAACGAGGUGGUGGAUGUGCUUGAGAAGGAGUGGCUAUGCGGGCCCUGUGAGAGGUCAAAACAGAAUGUCGUCGAAGGCACACAGGGCUUAACACCCGGUACCGGCCUAUCCAUAGACGAAAAACGAGCCUAUCUCUCAACCCUCCCUCAAGACCGCCUCGUCUCUCUCCUCUUACACGCCACAGUCCGGCAUCCCGAACUCCCCCUCUUCCCGCCCAACGUCGAGGAUCUGAUUCCAGAGACUCCGACCACCUCCGCAGUAAAUCACUCUCCCUCCGUCCCCGCCCCCGCUCCUCCGUCCCAACCCCCUAAACCUCCCGCAAAGACGGCUCCACCUAACGGUUCUUCCUCAGCCACGCAUGUCCAGCUGCGGAUUCAGCAGCUAGGCCGCGAGCCGUCCGAUUCGGAUCCCGCGGAGGCGCAGUUGCUGGGCGAAAUGACAUUUUCCAAUGGCCAACCUUCGUCGAACAAGAGGCAACCACCACAAUCAUCAACAUCAGCUACCAACGGUGUUAUCGCCAACACCAUAAAGGAGUCUCAGCUUCAGCCUCAGCCUCCUCAGCAGCAACAACAACAGCCCUCAGAAAAAGCGCAAGACGCCGUCGAUGGCGAGUACGAAGAAGACGACGAUGGCUACGACACGGAUCCGCCGGCGCAUUACCCCAAGCCGGGCCAAGGGUUGGCGAGGAAUCUGCCGCCUGAGAGCGAGGAUUUGCGGUGGUUGGUCGACGACAAUUUUGAGGUGUUUAGUCAUAGUUGGGGUGGUGCGGGUGCAGGUGGAGAUGGUAGUGGUGGAGGAGGUGCCGGGGGAGGAGGAGGGCAUUGAGGGGGAGGGUUGCGGAGGUUGGGGGAGAGAGUUAGGAUGCUCGUGUGAGGUGGUUAGUGGUAGGAGAAGGAAUGACACGCGUGUGUGUUAGGCGUACAGGUGUGCAUAAGAUGGGAUUCAGCGUUACCACGCUUUUGAUGGGUGAGGAUAACGAAUUGUAUUAUGAGGUUGAUAGGAACUCUAAGGCGGGAAUUGGCCGUUUUGGUAGCGUGGGCGACCAAAAUGUGAAGCCUUCAGCCAUCUGCGUCUAUGAUAGUUGAACGAUGGGUCGCUGACAUGGAGA